AUGGUUUUCCCUGGAAGUUCUAGAGCCAGGCCCUUCCCCACUUCCUCUCUGAGCCGCCGCCGCGCCCGUUAAGGAACCUGGAGGUGACGGGCGGACAUGGAGCCCUUGGUGGAGUCAGGGGCCGAAGGGGACAGGCAGACGGAGAAGGCGGCCGAGGUGACCCGUCUGGAGAGGAGCGCACGGAGCCCCGCCGGGGACUCCCUCAUCCACUCCGCUGAGGGCUUGGGCCAAGACAUCUUCAAAAUCUGCAAAGAAUACCUGAGGCCGCUGAAGAGAUUCUUGCGGAAGCUGUGUCUGCCCAAAGACCUUCCCUGGGAGAAGCGAGUGAGGUGUAUGAAGAAGAGUCUAGUGGUUCUAGGGAACCACAUCGACACUUUCGUGCAGCAUUACUGCAGAGCGUGGGAAACCAAACACUGGAAAAAGAUGCUUUGGCGUUUCGUCUCACUCUUCUCCGACUUGGAUGCCAAGCAGCUGCGCAGACUCUACAGAUUGAGCAAGAACAACCAGGCCGCCAAGUUUUUGGUGGCAUCCUCCCCUCUGAAGCCAGCCACCUUGGCGGAGCUGGCCGACCCCCUGUCAAAGCUCUACAGUGCCUGGGGCUUGCAGGGGGACAGGAAGGCCAUGCCGGAGGGGCUGACCAAGAAGCAGGCCGGGCCACCAAAGGUCACCCUUUCCAGGGACAAGGGACAUGUCCAGAAGACCCAGAGGGGUAACGGCUCCAUCGGAACUUGCCGAGAAGGCCAAGCCAAGGAAAAGGGCAGCAAAGGAGAAGACCCGGCGGCGAGGAGCCCCGGCUCGGGAUCCAGGCGGGCCCGAGGGCCUGGCUCACCGCCCUCCCGGGCUGCAGCACCUCUCCUUCGCCCUCCUCCCCUCCCACGUCCCCAGACUCCCUCAUCGUCCCAAGUGUUGAUUGUGGGGGUUGGGGAGAAAUGA